GUUUGCGAACAUCUGGGCAUUUCCAAUGAGUCCGACUAUUUCGGUCUAAAAUAUGAAAGUAGUAAAGGGGAGGAGUUGUGGUUAAAUUUAAGAAAUCCAAUACAUCGUCAAGUUGGCUGUCACGGUCAUACAUCGCCUCUUCGUUUCGCUUUACGCGUGAAGUUUUGGGUACCGCCACACUUGCUGUUGCAAGAGACAACUAGGCACAUGUUUUAUCUUCACGCGAAAUUAGAUUUAAUUGAAAAGCGUCUUUUAGUACCAAAUUGGAGUGUGGUUGCCAAGCUAAUUGCCUUAAUCGCUCAAGCCGAAUCCGGAGAUUAUAAUCCGCUACAGCCACCACAUCAUUUAUACAUGCAACUUUCAUCCAUUUCCUCAACAGAAGUCGUGCAAAAACCUCAGGAUUUGUUACAAAUGGUGAUCAGCGAACAUGAGAAACGCGAAGGUAUGAAACCGGCCACCGCCCAGUAUUGGUUGCUAAACGAGGUUGCCGCCCUCGACAACUUUGGUGAAGAAGUUUUUACUUCCAAAUCGAAUAUGGGCGUCGUCAUCGGCGUCGGUCCCAACGGUAUUACUAUGUACAAUAGAAACGAAGAAAAAGAAAGUAUUCCAUUUACCGCAAUUCAGAGUGCCACGUCGCACAAUCGUUGUUUCAAGCUUGGUUAUCUAUCGGUGGAUAAUGUAGAAGCUCAUUUAGAAAUUAAAUUAGAUUCUAGUCAGACGGCGAACGGAUUAUAUCGCGCUAUAACCGAAAAGCAUGCAUUUUACAGCUGCGAAACCGUUGGCAGUGCAGUAACGGCGCAAUUUAUAAGGGAUCUUAAAGGGACCAUAGUUUCUAUUUUUAAUGAAGAUUCUACACUCGGUAAAAAAUAUGUAUUUGAUAUAAGAAGGACAUGCAGGGAGGUCUACGAUAACGCGAGGAGGGCGCUAUAUCAAGAGUCAAAAAUGUUUCAAGAUAUAAUCGAUGGUCAAAAGCCAGAGUGUUAUGAGGAGAGUCGACGAGGGAGUUCUCACGAACGGUUAACAAAAAUCAUGGACGCCAUGACUUGCAAAAUUUGUAUGGAUCUACAGAUCGACACCGCAUUUCUUCCCUGUGCGCACGUUGUCGCGUGCUCAUCGUGUGCUGCUCGUUGUGAAAGGUGCCCGGUGUGUCGUGCGGAUAUAACGCAACCACAAAGAAUUUAUUUACCGGAGGAAUUUAAUGAACCGAUUUCUUAAAUGCACUACGUACUUUGUGCUUAAACUAUACUGAAAGUGUGAAGUUCUAUUUGUGAUAAUACGUUUUAGUUUUGAAUGCAAAUUAAUUUGACGAACAAAGACUCAUUAAUGUUAAGUUGCAUUUUCAUUCUUUCCUAGAACAGCGAGCUCGUUUAUUUACAUUUUUCUCAACAUAUCAAGUUAAUUAGCUGAUGGCGACGACAGCAUUAGCUGUUCUGGAAUGAAGCGCAAAAUGUUUUGAUCUCUGCCUUAGUUUUGUUUCAUUGUUUGUUGUUAAUUUAGUCACACAAAUUUAUUUUCGAUCUCACAUUGAGGUUUCUUUAUGUAUUUACCAUGUAAAAUUGAAUAAUGUUUUAUUGAAAAACAAGAUUACUUAUACCUAUUUUUAGCCUACUAAUACAAAAACUUUGACAAUAGCAUAUUAAUGUAAUGGCAUGCCAAAUAUCAAUAUUUUUUUUAUUCUAUACCCAGCGUAAGAACAUGGCAAAAGUCUAAUUCAUAAAACCAAAAAUGGUUUAAACAACUGGGAAAUUUACAAGAAAUUAGAUUUUUGUCAUUGUUUCAUUAGCAAUGCAAUUUUAGUAUUAGAAUAGUUGACACAAUAUUGUAUAAGAUUAUAUUAUGCUAUACCACUAUCUCGGAUUUUAGCAUGUUCUAUACCUACUUACCAACAUCUAAUGGAUA